AUGGAUCCCAAUAAUCACAAUUCGCCAGAAGCUAUCCUGAAACGCUUGGAAGAAUUGAAAAAAUGGCAAGCGCAACAGCAGAAGAUCUUAAUUCAGCGACAGAAUUCUCAACGGCAACUUCUCGAGGAAGAGCAGAGACUGCUUUACGAGAAACAUGGUUUUUCAAAUUCAGUAAGCAGUAUUGGUCCGCAACUAGAGAUAGAUCGAGAUGGGAGCGAUGUUAAACAGUCAACUUUAAAGAUAGAGAAAGCUGCUAACAUUAGGCAAAUGGAAAUUACUUCACAAGAUAAUGCUACCAAGGAUAUAAUGUGUAAACGGAUGGAAAACCGAAAAAAUUGUGAAAAUAGUCGAGUCGUCAAACGACCAUUUCUAAAGAAAGGAGAAGGUCUUACAAAUCGAUUCAAAGUCGACCCGGAAAAGUUUCGUUUGCAUAAUUUACCGAAGUACAAAUUUGCACACAGAAUCAAACACUCUCGUCCACCCGAAAAGUUACCUAAGAAAUUCACUAGCAACGGUCCAUUCCGAGAACCAUCCUCAUCGAAUAAAUGUGAAAAUAAUGUUUCAAGUGAUAAUAAUGUUUUGUGUGAUAGCGAAAAUGGGAAAUAUUUAGAAUCGUCGCUGCUGAAUGCGUUUCAAAAGAUUCCAAGCAAGGCAUUCGGUGAUAAGGGUGACCAUGACACCCCGAAUCUUUUUAAUAGUAGCCAACAUGAACGUGUUUCUUUCGAAAUACCGCCAAGCAAUAGAGAUAACUCUCCAGAUAGCAUAUUAGCCUCGUCUUGGGCGGACGUGCUGAACCCAAACAACAUCAAACCAUUUUCACUUGACAACCUACAGAAAUACGUAGAAGGCAACAGUACGGAUUUCAGUUUACCUGAUGAUGAAUUAGAAAAUCUAAGUCUAUUUGAAUUGCUUGAAAAAAAAGCUCGAGAGGGCAGUAUUCUUGUCGACUCGAGUAUAUUGCAACGUUGGCUCAAGAACGUCCAAAGCCCGUCGAAGGACAUUGACCAAGAAUCUAGUGCUGAAAUAUCCUCUUUGAAAUCGAAGAGGGUUUCUCCCCUUCCGUUCGACAUAAACAACAGAGUACACAUUGACGAUUCUGAUGCCUCAACAGCAGAUAACGAGGAGGAGGAAAGCAGUAAUUCGAAACUGGUGAAAUAUAGAGUGCGCUUCUCAGAUGAAGUUGAAGUGAAUGAAAUAACGUCGGAGUCGGACGAUGGAACUGAGAACUCUCAGGAUGAAAGCAAUACUUCAACCCCAAAUAGGGAAACAAAUAAUCAAGUAUCAGAACUCAAUAACUUAUCACAUGAAUCAACACUGGAUAAUGACCAGUCCACAACAUUAACAAAUAAUGUAAUUGAUCAUCAACAAGUUGAUUUAAUGGAGAAAACCGAUCGUUUAAAAACCCGCCUAGUUGACUUAGAACGUGAAAUAGCCGACUUCCAGAAGAAUAACGUUGAAUUAGUAAAACUCAAACAAGAAUGCGAAAUUGAGAAAAUCCGGUUGGACCAGGAGCGGCAAGAACUUGGCGAAAAAUUCAAAGACGAGCAGAUUAAACUAGAAAUACAACUUCAUGAUGAACGUAUGAAAAUGGAAGAGGAGAAAAAGAAAUACGAAAAGCUAGUCAAAGAACAUCGAGCAAAGAAUCGAAAGGAAUGUGAAGAUGUUUUAAAGUUAAAAGAGAAAGUAGAGCAAUUGCAGAAGGAAAAUCGUGAAAAAGAAACUAAACACACUGCCGCCCAGGCAAGAUUACGGGCCCAGAUUAGGAAUCUCGAGAAAGACUUGAAAGAGUUCUCGAUAGAAAUUGAUGUUUUGAAGAAGGAGAAGAAAAGGUUGGAAAACGAGAAUGCGAGACUGAUGCGAAAUAGCAACAAUAAAAUGCUACAAGAAAUUAAUAAGAGCAUUGCUAAGUUGGUACCUAAAACAAUUCCAUCGGUAGUUGAAGCGAAAAAUCAGCACUCGAAGCCGCUAGUAGCUAAAGUUACAUCCCAUACUGGAAAAAUUUGUGGACGUAGAAUAAAAAAGACUGUUAUCUCUUCAAAUGCGUCCAAAGAAAAGCAAGCUCAACCUAAUAAUAGUGACGAUAGUGAUACGCUUGAAGAGAACGAAAGUGCCUACUUUAAAAACCAUCAACGAAGUGAAGAGCCUGAAGAUAAUGAAAGUGAAGCUAGUGAGAAUGAGGUUUCUCAAGACAAUGCACAGACAGAUUCUAAUCCAAAAACAUCUCAAACACAAGAUGAAUUUAAGCGCGAAAUUUUGAAUUCUGAUGGCAGCAAGGACAUUUGGUAUACAAAUGGAAAUUUGAAAAAAAUAUCCGCGGAUGGGAUGCUAAUUCGGAUGCUCUACUAUAACAAAGAUAUAAAAGAAACAAAUAUCAACGAAGGCACUGUUAAAUACUACUAUGCGCAGACAAAUACGUGGCAUACCACUUAUCUCGAUGGUUUAGAAAUUCUUGAGUUCCCGAAUGGUCAAACUGAACAUCGAUAUAAAGACGGUACUGUUGAGGUUCACUUUGAAAAUGGUACCAUCCGAAUUGCUAAUCCAACGGAUCCAACAAAAGUAGAAGAGUGGCGAUAUCCGGAUGGAACGAGAUUAGUUCAACUCAAAACUGGAGACAAGAUUUUAUCAUUUCCUAAUGGACAAAAAGAAGUUCAUACCAAGGUCCAUAAACGACGUGAAUAUCCUGAUGGGACCGUGAAAAUAGUUUAUCCUGAUGGAAGCCAGGAAACGAGAUACUCAACUGGUAGGGUUAGAUUAAAAGAUAAAGACGGCAAUUUAAUAAUGGACUCUCAGCAGUUAUAAGAAAGCAGUGGCAGAUUUUAUACGAUGUACAUAAAAUAUUAUUUAAUCAAUUAUUAUUGUUAAUAUUAUAUUAUGUCCAACGUUAGAUAUAAGCUUUGAAUAAGAAUUCUGAAUA